GAUUCAAGGAUAACCCGCAGUGAAUUGAUCAUCUUUGAAAACUCACCUCAGACCUCAACAACAUGGCUGACGAACAUCUAACCCGCCCAAACCCUCCGCCGGAGCUCAAUAUACCGGCAUCGAAGAACACUGUGAAAGUGUCGUGUAUUGACAGCACGUCUCGCUUCAGGCUCCCGAUCGAUGGCUUCCUCCAGCCGGUGUACACUGGCCAUCCCGAGCUCUGCGGGCCAUCAUUCUCUUUCCUCAUUGAACAUCCUUCCAACAAGCCAAUACUGUUCGAUCUGGGCAUCCGCAAGGAUUGGGACAAGCUUCCAUCAGCUGAGAAGUUCAUUCGUCUGAAGUGGUACAUCAACGUGGAGAAGGAUGUCGCAACGGUGCUCAAGGACAACAACAUUGAUGUCGAUGGGGGUGCGAUAGCCUCGAUUCUGUGGAGCCACCAUCAUUGGGACCAUGUCGGUAAUCCUGCUACAUUCCCACCCUCGACAGAGCUCGUCGUCGGUCCCGGAUUCAAGAAUGCUCAUAUGCCUGGCUACCCGAAGAACAAAGACUCCACUUUGCUGGAGUCAGACUUCGAAGGUCGCAGUGUUCGAGAGGUCGACAUCGCCGGUGAAGGCAAGGGGCUCAAGAUCGGAAGGUUCCAUGCCUACGACUACUUCGGCGAUGGUAGCUUCUACUUGCUUGAUACCCCGGGUCACGACAUUGGGCAUCAAUGUGGCCUUGCCCGAACAACAUCCAAUCCGGGCUCAUUCGUGUUCAUGGGUGGCGACGCUUCUCACCAUGGAGGAGAGUUUAGACCAACCGAGUACCUUCCCCUGCCAAAGGAGCUCAAGCCAUCGCCUCUGAAGCGUCGGGGUGGUUCAUGCCCAGGACAUCUGCUACAAGACAUUCAUCCGGACCAAGCCGCCGACAAGCCAUUCUACAAUGUCACUGCAAGCUUCGCUCACGACAAGACGGUCGCGGACUGGACCAUUGCCGGCUUGGGAGAAUUCGAUGCUCACGAGAAUGUGUUAAUGUUGAUGGCCCACGACGAUGCCGUCGUUGAUCCGGGACAGCUUGAUUUCUACCCUAAGAGCAUGAACGACUGGCAUGAGAAGGGCAUUGGGCAGAAGAUUAGAUGGCUGUUUCUUGGUGACUAUGAGGAGGCUGUUGAAGCGAAGGAGAAGGGCGGCGAACCUUUCAAGUGGGGAAAGUACCCAUGAGGCUCGGUCAACGAUGAGGCCGCUGGUCGCUUCACCUCGCGUUUGCCAUUGUUUGCGACUUACUCAGACAUGUCCUGAUCCGUUUCUGUACAUGUCCGGCUAACUUACAUGUACUUGUACGCAAGAAUAAGGUGUACUGCUACCUGACAUGUUCUGCUAAAUUACCUGAUCUGCU